AUGCGAAGANNCCCUCCUAAGAUCGAUAUUUUCUUCCCACGCGCCGAGGAAACCAUCUUCGACCCGGCCGUGGAGUACAUCAUUCUCGAGGAAACAUCCUCCUUCUUUGAGGCCCAGCGCCACAAUAUGCUUUCCCUACAGCGCAUGACCAGGGAGAACACCCCUCUCCAGGAUUACAUCAUCUCGCCGGUCGGUGAAGAUACCAGUCCACCUAUUGACCUCAUAGACCUUUCCAAUCAAGUCGAGUGCCUCUCGUUUCUCGACCAGCAGGCUGGAAAACACCCUGUCAAUGUUCCCAACUAUGUUCAGGAGGAGCCUGUCAUGGACCUCAGUUUCGCUACAAAUGAGGCCUCCGACUACCAAUGGGACGUUGUCAGCCGUCCUAUGCCUAAAGAUGCCGCCAUGCUUGACGAAUCGCAGAUGGACGCUCUCCAUCAGAUACUGACCACGGAACUUGCCUUAAUUCAGGGCCCUCCUGGUACUGGAAAGACACACGUCUCGGUCAUGGCUCUUCGGAUCAUGCUGCGCAAGAUGGAGGAUCAGAGGAACAAUGCUAGACCUGGCGUGGUAGUUCCUCCGCUCAUCGUUACCUGCCAAACUAACCACGCACUUGACCAGUUGCUCCGUCACAUCGCUGAAUUUGAGGAUUCUUUCAUCCGUCUCGGUGGCCGGUCAGCCGACACGGGUGUCGUCAAGCGACACACGCUGUUCAACAUUAUGGAGGAUCUCAAGGAGAGCAACCCAAGCGCGCUCAAGGAGCCAGCUGGUCUUCGAUUUGCGAGAACCAACAUGAAACUUAUGGAGAAGGACUGGAAGCGAGUGCUCACACCCCUCGAUGCAAGCGGUCAAGCAUGCAAAGCUAUGGAUGAAGAUUCUUUCAAGGGACACCUCACUCCUCAGCACAUUGACUCUUUGAAGAACUCCAGAUGGACAACAAGUGCCGAUGCCCCUGAGGUUCCUGCAAUCGUCAAAUGGCUCGGUUCAGAUGCAUCGCUGACAUCCAGCGACAGCAAUUGGCCUGCUGAUCAAGAAUUCGGCUUCGAAGAAUUUGAGGAAGAGGAGGAAGAGAUUGAUGAAGCCACUGCCGAGAAGGCCAAGCAGGAUGAUGAGAUCGAAAAGCUCCGAGGAUCGUUCAUCCCUCUUCUUGAUUGCAGCGUCUUGAAAGCCACCUCCAUCAAACACCUGACAGAGAAAGACGUCAAGAAGAUUUUGACAGCCAGCAAGUUCACUGACCUCAAUAAGGUGCCUCCUCAAUACCGACUCGGCCUUUACGAGUUCUUUGUCAAGGAAGCCAAGCAGAAGAUCAUCAAGAAUGCCCGAGAUUUGGCUUGUAGAUGGGCCAAGCAAGUCGAAGACUGGACUCGCGGCCAAUUUGUCAAGAAGCUACAAGUUCUUGCAGAUGCCAAAGUCAUUGGUUGCACCAGCACCGGUUUUGCCAAAUACCGCCCCAUGAUCUAUGCGCUCAAGCCUCGUAUCGUCAUGGUUGAAGAAGCUGGCGAGUGUCUAGAAGCCAACAUGAUUAGCAUGUUCUUGCCAUCUCUUCAGCAUAUGAUCCUCGUUGGAGACCAUCAACAGCUUCGUCCUCGCGCGCAGAAGGCUACUCAUAACUUCAAGCAUUACGACAUCUCUCUCUUUGAGCGCCUCGCGAACAACACCGUUGACUACAAGAUGCUCGCUGUGCAGAGACGUAUGCCUCCUGAAGUCAGACGUCUUCUCUGGCCCAUAUACGGCGACAAGAUCAAAGACCACGAAUGUACCCUCGACCGUCCUCCCGUCCCUGGAUUUGGCGACUUCAAAACCUACUUCUUCCAUCAUGAACACCACGAAGAACACGACAAGUUCAAGUCGGCGUACAACGAGCAUGAGGCCAAGCUCGUGGUGGGCUUUGUCAACGGCCUCAUCGAUAAGGGCAUUGAAUCGCGUAAGAUCACUGUCCUGACCUUCUACAACGGCCAGCGUCGUCUUCUCACUCGCGGAUUGAAGAAAGUCGAGGGUUGUGCGCUCGCGGAGACUCGUGUCAAGGUUGUCACUGUUGACUCCUACCAAGGCGAGGAAAACGACAUCAUCGUUCUGUCUCUUGUCCGCAACAACUGCAUCAAGCAAGUUGGCUUCUUGAGCGUCGCCAACCGUGUCUGCGUUGCUCUCUCGCGUGCUAGACAGGGGUUCUUCAUGUUUGGCAAUGCCGAGCUGAUGGAGGAAGCAGGUGGUGAGGAAUGGAAGCAGGUUGUUGCUAUUCUGAGAAACCAAGGCCCGGUCGAGACUCAGAUUGCUGGUACUACCAGGGUCAUCAACGCCGUCUAG